AUGUCGGCUACCCCGACAACGGCGACCGAAACGUCGUCGCUGGCGACGUCUCUGGCCUCUUCACUGGCCUCGUCUCUUGCCUCAUCCCUUUCUGCCACGCUCUCCGGGACAGCAACUGCGACACUGAGCGGCAAUGGAACUACCACUUCCCAUUCAUCCACCUCCUCGACUGCCGCUGCCACCACUCCUGCUAGUCUUGGUAUUGGGUCCGCGCAGACCAAGGAGGGAAUGACUCUCGUCAGUUUUCUUACUGCGUUGGCCACCGGUGUGACCGUUUUCGCCAUUCAAGUUCUCGCCUUCCUGCUUCUGCGUAACAAGCUGGCGCGUAUCUUCAAACCAAAGACCUACCUGGUUCCCGAGCGCGAAAGAACCGAGUCUCCUCCCUCCGCACCUUGGAAUUUGAUAGUCACAUUGAUGAAAUUCAGUGACCGCGAGGUCAUCAAGAAGUGUGGCUUGGACGCCUACUUCUUUUUGCGAUAUCUCAGGGCCCUUCUCACCAUCUUCAUUCCAAUUGCUGCUGUCGCCAUCCCUAUUUUGAUCCCGCUCAACUACAAUGACGGAAAAGGUCACGACUUCCUCGACGAAAAAAAGGACAACAACGGAACAAACGGAACAACCAACAGCACGACCCCUUCUCGGCUUCUCUUCAGAGGUAUCCAGCUAUAUAUCAGAGCUGAAUCGACAAAUUCGUCGGGCGACACCGCGAAUGGCACCAUCCCGUCGGGCUUGGACACAUUGGCGUGGGGAAACGUCGGACUCAACCAUACUAACCGAUACUGGGCUCACUUGGUACUGGCUCUCCUGGUCAUCAUCUGGGUUUGCACUGUGUUUUUCUUCGAACUCCGAGUAUACGUCAAGGUUCGCCAAGACUAUCUCACAAGCGCCGAGCAUCGACUACGCGCUUCGGCCACAACGAUUCUUGUCAAUGGUAUUCCUUCCAAGUGGCUUACCGAGGAAGCCCUGCUGGGUCUGUUCGACGUUUUCCCUGGUCAGAUCCGCAACAUUUGGCUGAAUCGAAACCUAUCACGACUUCUUGAGAAAAUCCAACUGCGCGAGAAAAUCCACUCAAGGUUGGAAGAUGCCGAAACCGAGCUCAUUAAAGCAGCGAAGAAACAACAACUGAAACGCCGUAAGAAGGAAGAGAAAGCAGCCAGAAAACAGUCCAAGUCUAAGGGACCGACGAAGCAGGAGGCACUUCUCAGGCGGCAGCAAGAAGAUGAUGCAGCAAAGAAGAUGGCGCAGAGUCACCAAGGUAUCAGCUCUGGGGAGCACGAAGAAGUACCACACGACAUCGCCGCUGUAAUGGAAGAUGAGGACAGUAAAUCAAGACGGUCGAGCACUUCAUCUUCUAGCUCCUCUGAAGACGGCGACCGACCCCAGUCCAGAGGAUUCGGACUUCACGUUCUCGGCGAUGGCAUCAACAAGGUCGGAAAGGGGCUCCUUGGAGGUGUCAGUAAGGCGCAGAAAGAAAUCAAGGAAUUCGGUCAGGAUGUCGAGGAUACUGUCGAGACGACGAAUGGCUUUGCCAUGCUGCAACCCGGCGAUCGCCCUCGCAAAGUUCAGAUUCUGGCUGAAGGAGAGCGUCCUGCUACCGCAAAGAGCGUCACCAGCACCGGCGAUCAGCUGAAGACGCAACAGACUGCCGAUACGCAAAAAACUCACUCUCGCAACGCGUCUGCCGCCACGCAAGAAACGUCCGGUCCCAAGCACAGCUACGAGCCGUUUGGAAAUGGCAACACCGUGCGUAAGGUUAGCAACCUGGACCACAUGUACGACCAAGAAACUCGAAAGUUCUGGCAAUUUUGGAAAGCACCCGCUGGCGGUUACGCGUCUCCUAUCCCCCAGGGGUACGACCCUGGCGAGUUUCCGUUUGGUCAAGCACCGAAGGACAGGACUGUAUGGCAGGUGCUUAAGUCGUUUAUUCCGUUCAUGGACGAUGAUGGGGAGGACCCAGUCGAGUACCCUGAGUGGAACGCAAUUGGCGACAACUACAAAAAGGUCCUUGAUGAUGAAGCUGAAUGGCGAAAAUGGGUCAAGGAGAAAAAUAGGCCAACCCAUCGUCUGCCGCGCUGGGGCUUCCCUGACUGGCUUGCCUGGCUUACCUUCGGCCCCAAGGUUGACACCAUCUACUGGUGUCGUUCGGAGCUGGCGCGUUUGAACGUCGAGAUCGAGGACGACCAAGCCCAUCCGGAACGCUACCCUCUCAUGAACUCGGCCUUCAUCCAGUUCAAUCACCAGGUUUCUGCACACAUGGCUUGCCAGAGUCUGAUGCAUCACGUCCCGAAACACAUGUCCCCCCGAAUCAACGAAAUCUCACCCAAUGACGUUAUCUGGGACAACAUGGCAAUGACGUGGUGGGAAGAAUCUCUGAGAUCUGGCAUUGUCACCGGUAUCAUCAUUGCCAUGGCUUUGUUCUGGGCCGUUCCCAUCGCUUUCUCAGCGGGUCUUUCGAAUAUUGAUUCCGUCGUUAAGCAAUUCCCUUGGCUCGACUGGAUUCAAAAAGAUCAAACCGUUAAGAAGGUCGCCGGCGCCAUUGCUGGUGUCUUGCCAGCCGUCUUGCUCGCUCUCCUGCUGAUCAUUGUGCCGUUGAUUUUGGAGCAGCUGGCGAUGUUCCGGGGUGUCAAGACCGGUUCCCAAAAGGCUGAGUUCGUCCAGAGAUUCUACUUCGUCUUCCUGUUCAUUCAGGUCUUCCUGGUCGUUUCCAUCACGUCCUUCUUCAUUGCCUUCAUCCAGGACUUCAAAUCUGCGGCUGAGAGUCUCCAGAGCGUCAACUUCAUCCUCCAAACGCUCGCGGAGAACCUGCCCAAAGCAGCCAACUACUUUUUCUCCUACAUGUUACUGCAGGCGUUAUCUGUGAGCUCUGGUACAUUGCUACAGAUUGGCGCUCUGAUUACGUGGUACUUGUUGGCUCGCAUUCUCGACUCAACGGCACGGGCAAAGUGGAAGAGGAACACGACCUUGUCGACCAUUGCUUGGGGCCAGUUUUUCCCGGUCUACACCAAUUUCGCCUGUAUUGCCCUGGUCUACAGCAUCGUCGCCCCCUUGAUCUCGCUUUUCGCAGUUCUCACUUUCGGUCUUCUCUGGUUUGCUCAGCGCUACAGCAUGCUGUACGUCAACCGCUUUGAGACCGACACCGGUGGUGUCUUGUACCCUCGCGCGAUCAACCAGACUUUCACCGGAUUAUACGUGAUGGAAGCAUGCCUGGCAGGUCUGUUCUUCAUCGUCGUGGACGACAAGGGCAAAUCUCCAGCCACGGCACAGGGUGUGAUUAUGCUGGUAUCACUCGGGCUCACAUUGCUUUACCAAGUCUCGCUCAACUCGUCGUUCUCGCCGCUUUUCCGUUAUCUGCCCAUCACUGUUGAAGAUGAGGCCGUGAUCAGAGACGAAGCUUUCCAACGUGCGCAGAAUCGACGUCUUGGGCUUCUCGACGAGGACGAUGAUGCCGAUGAAAAGACGCCGAUGAACGGCGGCGAUGCCAGCUCGGAGUCUCGUGGCAUCGAAAUGCGGAAGCUUGGAGACACCUCCGCCCCUCAGCGAAAGCCGUCGACCAUGCGCCGUGUUAAGAACGUUGGCCACUGGGCGAAGGAGGGAGGAAAGCAUCUCCGCAGCAAGACAUGGAAAAUGGGCCCUGCGACCGUGAAGACCGCGGCCGAAUACAGACGCCAACAGCGCGACAAGGAUCUCGAGGCUCAGAGGGCGCUCGGUGAAGCGCUGUAUGGCGGGUUCCAUGACGAAAUCGAAGACUUGACGCCCGAGGAGCGCGAUGCACUCGUUAAAAACGCGUUCAAGCAUUACGCUCUUCGGGCUCGAGCACCUGCGGUAUGGAUUCCUCGUGACGACAUUGGCGUGAGCGACGACGAGAUCAAGAGGACGAAGGAGUACAGCGAGCACAUCUGGAUCAGUAACGAGGGCACAGCGCUUGACAGCAAGGUCCGCGUGGUGUACGGUGCGAACCCGCCCGACUUCUCCGAGAUCGACAUCAUCAACCUGUGA